CACCAGUCUAGUCCAGGGAUAACAAUAAUGACAAAAAUAAAGCUCUCGAAUUGAGAGUGUUCUUUUCCUUCGCUAUUUGAAUUUGUUUGAUUUGAUAUUCUAGCUUGCACGCUCGAGUUUCAAAUUCUAGAGGAAAUCCGAGCAGAGACUGGGGGCUUUGCAGCCUUAAAAAAAAAUGGCGGAACAAAAGAACAAAUGGAACUGGGAGGUGAGUGGGUUCGACCCAUGGAAGUCUCCGACUUCGUCUUCCUCGUCUUCAUUUGAGCAUCACGAUCAAAAGCCCACUGCACCAUUGGUAAGGAGGUAUUCCAUCUCGGCCUCCUCGGUUCUUCCGCAUUCAGGGCUGUCCAAACACUCCAUGGCCACCAAGCUCCACCAAUUGGGGGACAAAGUUAAGCUUGCUAGAGAAGACUACCUGCAGUUAAAACAAGAGGCGAGUGAACUUCAGGAAUAUUCAAAUGCAAAACUUGACCGCGUUACCCGAUAUCUUGGUGUUCUUGCGGACAAGACUCGCAAGUUGGAUCAAGCUGCCCUUGAAACUGAAGUCAGAAUAUUGCCAAUAAUCAAUGAGAAGAGGAGGUUGUUCAAUGACUUAUUGACAUUGAAAGGAAAUAUCCGAGUAUACUGCCGCACAAGACCAUUAUUUGAAGAUGAAGGUCCCUCAGCUGUUGAAUUCCCAGAUGAAUAUACUAUUCGUGUAAACACUGGUGAUGAAUCAUUGUCCAACUCCAAGAAAGAUUUUGAAUUUGAUCGUGUUUAUGGACCUCAUGUUGGACAAGUUGAAUUGUUUAAUGAUGUUCAGCCACUGAUGCAGUCAGCUUUGGAUGGAUACAAUGUCUCCAUAUUUGCAUACGGACAAACACACUCUGGAAAGACACACACUAUGGAAGGAUCAAGCUAUGAUCGGGGUUUAUAUGCUCGUUGUUUUGAAGAGUUGUUUGAUUUGGCCAAUUCAGAUUCAACUUCUACUUCUCAUUAUAAGUUCUCUGUUACGAUUUUUGACCUCUAUAAUGAACAGACAAGGGAUCUACUUCUGGAGUCGGGGAAAAGCAUGCCCAAACUCUCUUUAGGAUCACCGGAAUAUUUUGUGGAACUGGUGCAAGAAAAAGUUGAAAAUCCUAUUGACUUUUCUAGGGUUUUGAAAAAUGCAUUUCUGAUCCGAGGAAAUGAUUUAUCGAAGAUUAAUGUCUCUCAUUUGAUUGUCACAAUACACAUAUUUUAUGACAAUUUGAUCACUUGUGAAAGCUCAUAUAGCAAACUUUCUCUGGUUGACUUGGCUGGAAGUGAAGGACUAAUAACAGAAGAUGAUAGUGGGGAGCGUGUGACAGAUUUGCUGCAUGUUAUGAAGUCACUGUCAGCGUUGGGGGAUGUUUUGUGCUCUUUGACCUCAAAGAGGGAUAUUGUUCCUUAUGAGAAUUCAGUGCUGACAAAACUGCUUGCUGAUUCAAUUGGUGGGAGUUCCAAAACUCUGAUGAUAGUAAAUGUCUGUCCAAAUGUUAAAAAUUUGUCGGAGACAUUAUCAUCUCUCAAUUUCUCGGCCAGAGCUCGAAAUUCUGUUUUAAGCCUAGGAAAUCGAGAUACAAUUAAGAAGUGGAGAGAUGUUGCAAAUGAUGCGCGGAAGGAGUUGCAUGAGAAGGAAAAUGAAGUCCAAGAUCUGAAACAAGAGGUUUUAGGACUCAAGCAAGCACUGAAAGAAGCAAAUGAUCAGUGUGUCCUACUCUUCAAUGAAGUACAGAAGGCUUGGAAAGUUUCUUCUGCCUUGCAGACAGAUUUAAAGGCAGAGCAUAUUAUGUUAGCAGAUAAGCAUAAGAUAGAAAAGGAACAAAAUGCUGAGCUUAGAAAUCAAGUGGCUCAACUGCGUCAGUCAGAGCAAGAACAAAAAUUGCAUAUACAGCAUCAAGAUUCAACCAUCCAAAGUUUACAGGCUAAAAUUGGGACUUUGGAAACACAACUCAAUGAAACUAUUAAAUCCAACGGACCUAGUUCAACAAUUGACUCUGAGCCAAAUUCUGGAGUUCUAUCUAAUUCUAGAGGGGAUAAGAUGGAUUCUUCUGCAGUGACCAAGAAACUUGAAGAGGAACUCAAGAAACGAGAUGCUCUGAUUGAGAGGUUGCAUGAAGAAAAUGAGAAGUUGUUUGAUAGGUUGACUGAGAAAGCAUCCCUGGCUGUAUCCCCUCAGAUUUCAAGCCCAUCAUCUACAGGAACAACUAAUGUUCAACCUCAAAAUGCAGUGAGGAAGGACACCAGUAAUACAAGAGCUCGUUCUAUGGAUGCCCUUCCUUCAAUUGUGGCCACAGAUAAAAAUGAUGGCACUGUUGCCCUGGUUAAAUCUGGCUCUGUAAAAGUUAAGACCACCCCUGCAGGUGAAUAUCUUACUGCUGCCUUGAAUGACUUUGAUCCAGAUCAAGAUGAAGGCCUUGCUGCCAUUUCUGAUGGUGCAAACAAGCUUUUGAUGCUGGUUCUAGCUGCUGUAAUCAAAGCUGGUGCCUCCAGAGAGCAUGAGAUUCUUGCUGAGAUUAGGGAUGCUGUUUUCUCUUUUAUUCGGAAAAUGGAACCAAAGCGAGUAAUGGACACCAUGCUUGUUUCUCGUGUUAGAAUCCUGUAUAUAAGGUCUUUACUUGCUAGAUCCCCGGAACUGCAAUCCAUUAAGGUCUUGCCUGUUGAGUGCUUUCUUGAAAAGGCUAACAGUGGUCGCAGUAGAAGUUCAAGCCGGGGGAAUAGUCCUGGAAGAUCCCCUGUGCAAUAUGUUGAUGAGCAGAUCCAAGGAUUUAAAGUUAAUCUAAAGCCAGAGAAGAAAUCCAAAUUUUCAUCUGUUGUAUUGAAGAUACGUGGAAUUGAUCAGGACAUCUGGAGACAGCAGGUAACUGGUGGCAAGCUUAGGGAAAUUACUGAGGAAGCCAAAAGCUUUGCAAUUGGGAACAAGGGUCUUGCUGCACUCUUUGUGCAUACUCCAGCUGGUGAGCUGCAGCGGCAAAUUAGAUCCUGGCUUGCAGAGAACUUCGAUUUUUUAUCUGUUACUGGAAAUGAUGCACCAGGGGGGUCAACUGGUCAGUUGGAGCUUCUUUCAACUGCAAUUAUGGAUGGUUGGAUGGCAGGACUUGGGGCUGCCAUGCCUCCCAAUACUGAUGCUCUUGGCCAGCUUUUAUUUGAAUAUUCAAAGCGUGUCUAUUGUUCUCAACUGCAGCACUUGAAGGAUAUUGCUGGUACCUUGGCAGCUGAAGAGGCUGAGGAUGUUGCACAAGUAGCCAAGCUGCGUUCAGCUCUUGAAUCUGUCGAUCACAAAAGAAGAAAGAUUUUGCAGCAAAUGAGAAGUGAUGUAGCUUUGCUGAAAUUGGACGAUGGAGGCUCACCAAUUCAAAGUCCUUCUACAGCAGCUGAAGAUGCCCGAUUAGCAUCCCUCAUUGCACUUGACGGCAUAUUAAAGCAAAUCAAGGAUAUUACCGGACAGGCUAAUGUGAAUGUCUUGAGCAGCAGUAAGAAAAGAACAAUGCUUGCUUCUCUGGAUGAACUAACACAAAGGAUGCCUUCGCUUCUUGAAAUGGAUCAUCCAUGUGCUCAGAAGCAAAUUGCAGAUGCUUGCCGCAUGAUUGAGUCCAUUCCUGAAGACGGCCGUAUUCAGGAUUUACCACAUGCUCGGAAGGCAUCAACGGAUCUGGGGUCUGGAUUUGAAACUGAUGUGGCACAGUGGAACGUUCUUCAAUUUAACACGGGCUCUUCCACACCGUUCAUAAUCAAAUGUGGAGCAAACUCAAGCUCAGAACUAGUUAUCAAAGCCAAUGCGCGAGUUCAAGAACCUACAGGUGGUGAGAUUGUAAGGGUUGCCCCUAGACCAUCCAUUUUGGAAAACAGGAGCUUGGAGGAGAUGAAACAUGUGUUUGCUGACCUACCAGAGGCUCUGAGCUUGCUUGCCUUAGCAAGGACAGCUGAUGGAACUCGAGCAAGGUAUUCUAGAUUAUACAGGACCUUGGCUUUGAAGGUUCCAUCGCUGAGGGAUUUAGUCAGUGAGCUUGAAAGGGGAGGUGUACUGAAAGAUGUGAGAACAUAACUUGUGAUCAGAGAGUUGCUUAUAGAUUGUCUCUGGGGCCGACUGGUCAAAUCUUACAUGAUGGGAAAAUGAUAUUUAAGGACCCAAUUCUUUGAAAAUUUGGGUUGAAGACUUAAAAAUUAUAAUUAUUUUUAAUGAUCAAAGUUGCUAUAAAACUUCAAGGGAUGUUCUAAGACAAUUAUCUCAAAAUAUAGUAGUAGAGUUGAUUAUUAAAAAUAAUUGUGAUUUUUAAGAUUGUUCAAUCUAAAUUUCCAUGACAUCUUGGUAUCCACGUGUAAUUUUCCCUUAUGAGAGGGUUGGUUAAGUGGCGUUGGGUCUCAUUGUUUCUUGUAUUUGCAUUAUUUCCAGGGGGCAAAUCUCUUGGUACAAUGUAACGGUUAUUCUGUAAGUUAUUGUAUUCCUGGUAAUUAUUUCAA